UGAAAGCGGAAGUAAAGCCUUUGCGCGCCUUCUUGGAAACGCGCCGUCAUGGAAACACUCCUGCAGCACCUGGAACGUUUCUCUGAGGUUCUGGUUGUCUCCCGCACUAGCCAUGUCGGCACCUGGGAUCCCGCCACUGUACGCAGGGCCUUGCAGUGGGCUCGAUACCUGCGCCAUGUCCACAGGCGCUUUGACAGCCAUGUGCGUAUUCGCACAGCUUUGGAGCGGCGGCUGCAAAACCAGUGGAGGCAGGUGGGCGGCUCUGGCCCCGCUUCAGUCCCCGGGUUGACGAACUUCCAGGCGUUGGGGAGCUGUGACCUCCUGCUGUCUCUGCGCCUGCUGGAGAACCGGGCUCUCGGGGGUGCUGCCUUUCGUUACCUGCUGCAGCAACUCUUUCCGGGCCCUGGCGUCCCGGACGGCGACGAGGAGACGCUCCAAGGCCGCCUGGCCCUCCUCGCCCGCCGCCGGUCAGCUGUCCAUAUGCUGAGUAUCAGCUGCCGAGAGAACCUGGUCCUUCUGGAGGACUCGGUGAUGAAGACUCAAGCGGAGCUGCUGCUGGAGCGUCUGCAGGAGGUGGGGAAGGCCGAAGCGGAGGGCCCCAGCCGGUUUCUCAGCAGCCUGUGGGAGCGCUUGCCUCGGGGCAACUUCCUGAACGUGAUAGCAGCCGCGCUGCGGCCAACGCCGUCGUCUUCCCGACCCCAAGAAGAGGAGUCGGAACUGGGUGCCCCCAAAGCACCCAGAGAAGGGAGUCAAGAGUUGGUCCGUUGGCUGCUGGGGAAGCCAGAUAUCCUGGCUACCUUUUGCCGCAACCUUCCAGCCGGGCUUUUAACUUCGGUCGUGGGCCGUCAUCCACAGCUGUCCCGGGUCUACUUGAGUCUGCUGAAGGACUGGGGUCGACAUCUGCAUUACGACCUUCAGGAAGGCGUUUGGGUUAGAGCUGAGCCUCAGGAUGUGUCCUGGGAGGAAUUGUACGGCAGGUUUCACAGCCUCUGUCAGGCCCCUCCACCUCUGAAAGAUGAAGUUCUAACUGCCCUUGAGUCCUCUAAGGCUCAGGAUGGAGAUUUCCAAGUCCCUGGUCUUAGCAUCUGGACAGACCUGUUGUUAGCUCUUGGGACUGGCUCAUAAUUCCAUCUGGGAAAACAGCCCAGGCGCCAGUGGGCCACGCUCUGUUACUGAUUACUUGAGUAUAUGGAUUACAAAAUUAAAAUUACAUUGUUUCCACCAAAUCUCCUAUA